AUGUGCCACCACACUCGUUUUCCUCGGAAACAAGGUGGCGACCACUCGCUCCAGGAACUGUUGGUUGAGACUCUCGGUCACGGGAGCGCCCCCUGCUCUAAACUUGUUCCUGACAAGGUUGUAAGGGCUCUCCCAUGGAUCCUGGUCAUGGAUCAAAAUUUUGAAGAGAAAGAACUGCAUAGGCCUAUACUUGCAGUCAGAGAGUCAGUCAGUCAGUCUUGUGACAGUCUCACUUUGAUAGUGCCUAAAAUGGAACACUCAAUAAUCGAUUUGCUGCGAAUUACAUACCCCAUAAGAGCAAUUUUAAUGGUGCACAAUGAGAGCACUUAUACUGAGCAUAUAAGACAUGUAGUGUACCUUCAAUUGGCCCCAAAUUUUGUCACACCACAGAAAGUGUAUGCACGCUUGUCAACAUUAAGUGACGAUUGGAAGCGCUUCUGUCUAGAACAUAAGGCUAUUUUGAUAUCUAUUCAAGAGCUAAGUAACGAAGACAAGUUUUCUAUUAGAACUCAUUUAUAUUUUUCAACCGAUCUUUACACUUCAACACAUGAACGCUAUGUGAGCGUGGUUGAACGUUUGAAUACAUUACUUCAAAAUGAUCAGGGAAGCGCUCCAAGUACGUCAUCUUCACAGGUUGCAUCAUUCUCCACUUCCAGUUUACCGGUGUUCGUUCAUCAUGCAAGACUACCUCGAAUUGAUCUUCCUAAGUUUAACGGUACCCCUAACGACUGGUUACCAUUCAAGGAUUUAUUUAAUUCACUUGUUAUCAAUAAUCCAACAUUAUCUCCCGUAGAGAAACUCCAAUAUCUUAAGACCAGUUUAAUCGGCACCGCGUCGUCUUUAUUAAAGAAUAAAACUUUAACAGCAGAUAACUUUUUGAAGUCUUGGGAAUCAUUAAACGAAUUUUAUGAGAAUAAACGCUUAUUGGUCAAUGCAGCAUUACAAUCGUUGUUGUCUCUUAAACCUUUUUGGGAUGAUUUUUUGAUUUUCAUCAUAUUGCAACGCAUUGAUUCGGAGUCCGUGAAAACGUGGGAACAACAUUUGGGCUCCUCAAAGGAGAUUUCCACUUGGGCUCAGUUUAAUGAAUUUUUAGUCUCUCGUUUGCUAUCUUUGAAAGCCUUCGAGAAAUCUCGUACGGGUAAAGGUGAUUCGCAACCACUCCAGAGUACCGUUAAAGCCCAUUACCACGGAAAAGCAAAGGAGUCUGUUAGCGCUGAUACAAAAUCAUGUCCGCUUUGCAAAGAGAAACAUUACAUUAUGUCAUGCCCCAGUUACUCUAAUAAGUCUGUUCAACAACGUACUGCAAUUAUCAAGAAACACAAACUUUGCUUCAAUUGUCUUGGUUUCCAUUUGUCAUCGCAAUGCAAAAGUACUAAACGGUGUACCAAGUGUGCCGCUAAACAUCACAUUUCCAUUCAUCAAACGCCUCUUCAGAAAACUACUUUGAAACCUGCCGCAGGCGAAUCUGACACUACACUUAGUAAAAAUGAAUCACAAUUACUGCAUUCUUCUGUUGAUAAAACUAACGGGUCAAAUGUUUUACUAGCAACAGCCUUUGUUAACGUCUCUGGCUUAAGUGGAAGGAACGCCAAAACACGGGCACUCAUAGAUCCAGGAUCACGAAGAGUUGGUACUCAAAAAUCAACAAGUUCUAAAGGUCUCACAACAUUUACAUUGUCACCGCACUUUGAAUCUCUCUUCAGUCGAGUAGUGUCCGCUCAUAUCCUACCAAAGCUUACGACAUGUAUUCCGUCCGAGGACGUGGACCCAAGCUCUUGGACCCACUUGCACAAGCUCAAGAUGUCUGAUCCUGAAUAUUAUUGCCAAGGACCCAUUGAUAUAAUACUUGGAGCCAAUGUUUAUGGGCGCAUCCUUUUAAAUGGAGUUGUCAAAGGUUACGAGGAUUCUCCUAUUGCACAACAAACUCACUUGGGCUGGAUUGUUUCUGGACAAACAGAAAUAAUGAAUAUUCCCUCUAUUGUACCUGGAUAUCAUAUCUCACGUGAUCUCUAUAAUCUUCUACGCAAAUUUUGGACAUUGGAGGAAAUCCCGUUAAAUACAAAUUCGCAUCUUUCUUCAGAGGAACAAGAAUAUGAGGAUCAUUUUAUUACUACAUAUUCGAGAGAUGAUCAAAGUCGUUACAUAAUUAAGCUUUCUUUCAAAAAGUCCGUAGAUGUUCUUGGAGAUUCUUAUGCAAAGGCUUCAAAACUACUCGCAAAGCUGAUGUAUCGAUUAAAUCAGAACACGGAGUAUUCUCAAGCUUACUCGGCCUUUAUCUCUGAAUAUGAGAAACUUCAACACAUGCAACUCGUCUAUGAGGAUCUAGCAUCACCUCCAUAUACCUACUAUCUUUCACAUCACGGAAUCUGGAAAGAACAAAGUCUCACGACAAAAUUACGAGUCGUGUUUAAUGGAUCCAGUCCCACAACAACAGGAUAUUCAUUGAAUGACAUACUUCACACGGGAUCUAAAUUACAAAACGACUUAUUUGAUGUCUUGAUUUGGUUUCGAUUAUUUCGUUACGUCUUUUCUACUGACGUAGAGAAAAUGUUCCGGCAAAUAAAGGUUCACUCCAAACAUUGGCCGUACCAGCGAAUACUGUGGAAGGAUGAUAAAAUUCGCACAUAUGAAUUAACCACGGUGACCUACGGGUUCGCUUGUGCACCUUACCUCUCGUUAUGA